AGCCCUUCUAUAAAAGGACGGGCCACCUUCUCAAAUUGCAGCACAGUUAGGUUCUCAAGAAAAAGCUGUGUUUUGUCAGGGUUCAGAAAUUCUGUAUGGCUGUUAACAUCUUGUUCUAAAUAAGUAACGAACAUGAAGCUACAUUCAGGUAAAGGUUUUUAACAUGAUCUUUUUACAGAAAAAGAUAGUAAUGGAAGUGCAGAUGAGUUGCGAAAAAUGCCGAACGAAGGCAAUGGAGGUCGCUGCAUCCAUGGAAGGCGUAACCUCUGUGGCGAUAGGAGGAAAUGAAAACGAACGGAUCGUGGUGGAAGGAGAGGGAGUUGAUCCUGCUGAUCUGGCGUGCCUUAUGAAGAAGAAAGUGGGCCGCACAAAACUAAUCACUGUAGAAGAUGUGAAGCCAAAGGAAGAAAAGGAAUCCAAAAAAGAAGAGGAUGAAAAAGAUCACCCACCUCAAUGGAUUCAACAUUACUAUCAGUAUCCACAGUACGUUGCGGUGCAUGAGACCGUUUAUGACCCAAGUCCUAGUGUUUGUUCUCUCAUGUGAGGGUAUUUCUGAUCUAUUUGUAUUUUUGUCCUUCAUCAAAUGUGGUGUCGGUUAUACUAGGAUGAACUGCGUCUACUGUUAAUCACAGACAAAAUUCGAAUGGACCAGACGAUCUUACCCAUCUGAUUUCACCCA